AUGAUCUCGUCUCCAUCGAAAGCUCCUGCCCCUACCUCAACAACUCCGUCAGCUCCUUGUGAUAUUUUUUCAGAUGACAAUGAUGGAGAUGGCCCCUCCCCACCUAAUAUUAUUUCAUCCCAACCAGAUGGGCUCUCAUCUCCAUCGUCUGGCCUUCCCUCCCCAGCUGCCACCACUAGCCCAUCUACUUGCAUCACGGGUGAGCCUUCUGUCACGAUUGUCGAGCCCACAACCCAAGUUAACCAACCAUCCGUUACGGUUAUGUCAACACAUCCAAUGACGACUCGUGCUAAAUAUGGUAUACAUUUUGUCCAACACGAAAAAUCCCAUGAAAAAGAUACAAACUUCCUAUUAAGAAUUCAGAUUCUUAUUGUUGUUUUCGAGAGACUGGAAUUGGAACUUUGGACUAAAAGAAACGUGCACCCUGUGGAAGUUCAUGAUUCACAAGUUGGUAUUCGGAGAUGAAUGGUUUCACCUGGUUUGAUUUCAACAUAAUUUAAAAUUAUAAUUUCAUUCGGUGGUUUUCCGUUCAAGGGAAGCUAAAAACUCAAGAUAUAUUUAAAAAAUGGGAUGCUGAUCUUCGAUUGUGUCAUCCUUUGUACAGUUGUGAACCAGACUUUCGUUGUGUUGAAAAGAAUUAAUAAGAAAAUUAACCAAUAUUUAUAUUGAUUGUUCUUGGAAUUCAUG